UGUGACCCACCUCCUCGGCCACGAUUCUAUCUCUGCCUAGAGUGUUUAUGACGAACCUGCUGAGCUUGCAGGCCCGGACGUGAGAUAACUCUCCGCUGAGGAUGCCGGGCCUGCCUUCCAUGGCGGUUUCCUGGAAGCCGGGGAGUAUCGAGCCGCUUUCCUGGGUGGGGAUGUACGGGGCUCUUCUGCUUCAGCCACGGGCCAGGGGUUUGCCACCUUUCUAGUGAGAAAGAGGUUUCAUUCUGCCAACCCCACCCCCCCUGCAAAUUUUGACGGUCUUUCAUCUCGCUCUUGAGAAGUUAAACUUAGCGCUUGACGUUUCCCGCCUUUGAAAGGAAGAAUUUUCAGUCACUUCUAACGUGACCAAGUACUUCGCAUUAUUAGAUUUACAGAGUGUCCUUUUUGUGGAAAGUAAUAAAAAAACCUUUAAGUUUAUACCAUGCAUAGCACCAAGGAGAAGAAUGACAACUGCAAAGAUGACCUUCUGCUUAGGAUGGGACUUAAUGAUAAUAAAGCUGGAAUGGAAGGAUUAGAUAAAGAGAAGAUUAAUAAGAUUAUAAUGGAAGCCACAAGGGGGUCCAAAUUUUAUGGAAAUGAGCUCAAGAAAGAAAAACAAGUCAACCAACGAAUUGAAAAUAUGAUGCAACAAAAAGCUCAAAUUACCAGCCAACAGCUAAGGAAAGCACAAUUACAGGUUGACAGAUUUGCAAUGGAAUUAGAACAGAGCCGGGAUCUGAACAAUACUAUAGUGCACAUUGACAUGGAUGCUUUCUAUGCAGCUGUAGAAAUGAGGGACAAUCCAGAACUGAAGGAUAAACCCAUUGCUGUAGGAUCAAUGAUGAUGUUGUCUACCUCGAAUUACUACGCAAGGAGGUUUGGUGUUCGUGCAGCUAUGCCAGGAUUUAUUGCUAAAAGACUCUGCCCACAACUCACUAUAGUGCCCCCAAACUUUGACAAAUACCAAGCUGUGAGUAGAGAGGUUAAGGAAAUACUUGCUGAUUAUGAUCCCAAUUUUAUGGCCAUGAGUCUUGAUGAAGCCUACUUGAAUAUAACAAAGCACUUACAGGAAAGACAAAAUUGGCCUGAGGACAAAAGGAAGUAUUUCAUCAAAACAGGGAACUCUCUAGAAAAUGAUAAACCCGGAGAAGAAGUGAAUAAAGUGAGUGAGCAGGAGCGAUCCAUCCCUCCACUAUUUAAUGACAUUCCUCCUGAUUUGCACCCCCAAGGAAAUCCUUUCCAAGCAAACUCUGAAGAUCAAAAUAAUCCUCAAAUACUCCAAAAUGCGAUUGUUUUUGGAACAUCAGCCGAGGAAGCCGUAAAGGAAAUUCGUUUCAGAAUUGAGCAAAAAACAACAUUGACAGCCAGUGCAGGCAUUGCCCCAAAUACAAUGUUAGCAAAAGUAUGCAGUGAUAAGAAUAAACCAAAUGGACAAUACCAAAUUCUCCCCAAUAGAGAAGCUGUGAUGGAUUUCAUCAAGGACUUACCCAUUAGAAAGGUGUCUGGGAUAGGAAAAGUUACAGAGAAAAUGUUAAAGGCCCUUGGAAUUAUUACUUGUACAGAACUCUACCAACAGAGGGCAUUACUUUCUCUUCUUUUCUCUGAAACAUCUUGGCAUCAUUUCCUUCAUAUUUCCCUGGGUCUAGGUUCAACACUCCUGGCAAGGGAUGGAGAUAGGAAAAGCAUGAGCGUUGAGAGGACAUUCAGUGAAAUGAGUAAAGCAGAAGAACAGUAUAGCUUGUGCCAGGAACUUUGCAGUGAACUUGCUCAAGAUCUGCAGAAAGAAGGAUUAAAGGGUAGAACUGUUACCAUUAAACUGAAGAAUGUAAAUUUUGAAGUAAAAACUCGUGCAUGUACAGUUUCAUCUGUUGUUUCUACUGCAGAAGAAAUAUUUGCUAUUGCUAAAGACUUGCUAAGAACAGAAAUCGAUGCUGAUUUUCCACAUCCCUUGAGAUUAAGACUUAUGGGUGUACGGUUAUCUAGUUUUCCCAAUGAAGAAGACAAGAAACAGCAACAAAGGAGCAUUAUUGGCUUUUUACAGGCUGGAAACCAAGCUCUGUCAGCUACUGGGCGCAUGCUAGAGAAAACUGACAAAGAUCAGUUUCUAAAACCUCUAGAAAUGUCUCAGAAGAAGAGCUUCUUUGAUAAAAAGCGAUCAGAAAGGAAAUGGAGCCAACAAGACACAUUUAAGUGUGAAGCUGUGGAUACACAAAGUUUACAGACAUCAGAUUCAUUCCAAGUUUUAAAGAAGAUGAACGAGAAUUUAGAAACAUCAGAGAAUUCAAAUAAGUCUCAGAUAUUUACCUGUCCCAUUUGCUUUAGGGAGCAAGGAAGCAUCAGUCUGGAAGCCUUUAAUAAACAUGUAGAUGCCUGUCUUGAUGGACCUUCAAUUAAUGAAGACCGUAAAAUGUUCUCAUGCUCACAUGCUUCCUCUACAGAAGUUAACAGGGAAGAAAAUGUACAUCAUUCUUUUUCACUCCAUGAGAAGCAGGAUUAUGAAACCCAUCAGAAGCAUUCAGGAAUCAAUUCAGUAGAUUGUGCAGAGCUAGUAGAGACUAAAGGUAACCCACCUAAAGCAGAAAUUGUAGGUGCUUUAAGUGAUAAGCACAGCAAAGAGGAAUGUGCUGUUUUUCCAAGAAAAUCGUUUAAUACUGAGCAACAUUAUCAGAAUUCUUUCUCCCCUGUUUCACUGGAAGAUAUGGGGUCAAGUCAGCAAGAAUCCCCCCAGCCUUAUUUACCCGAAGUGAUAAUAACCCAAGCUCUAGUUUGUCCUAUUUGUAACCUGGAACAAAAGACUUCAGAUCUUAACCUGUUCAAUAUGCAUGUGGAUAUAUGCUUAAAUAAAGGCAUUAUCCAGGAACUGAGAAAGGAUAAUCUAGCUAAUCAACCCAGAGAAAGCACCAAAAGUACUGAUACCUCAGGCCAAGCACAAAAGACUGCAACAAAAACAAAAAGGCCAGGAAUGUACUCGUCGUCAAAGAAAGUAAAACCAAACAGUCCCAGACACACUCUUGAUACAUUUUUUAAAUGAAUAUUGAACAUUUUACCAUUGAACAUUUUAUUCUUACUUGAAACUUGUUACUUUAUAGUCAACAAAUCUCUUGUUCUUCAUUAAGUUUACAAAUUCAUUUAGUGAAAGACAAGUGCAAUAAUUCCUUCCCAAAUGACAUUUCCUUCAUAUGAAUUUGGAAUAUAGACUAGUUUACUUCUUUACACAUUUUGGAUAACCAAGAGAAUUUCACUUCUAUUAUACAUCAAUCAGAAAUCAGUCCUGUUACAGAUCAUUUUAAAAUGAGAAAUUAGGAAUGGAAUCAGAAAGUGAUUUUUUUCGUAAUUACAUUUUAUAAUAUAAAAAUAUAUUUAUAAGGGCUCUCAGAGGUUCUCACAAACCUAUGUUAGCAUAAUAAUAUUUCAGCACUUAACCACUUUGUUGGCAUUGGACUGCUAUAUUUGAUUUUGGUAACUUCUACAACUUCAUAUAUUCGUAGUUUACCUCCUGGGAUAUUCAUAUACCUUGUGAGCCUUCGUAAUUAAAAUUUAUUCUAAGUUCUAUGAAGAAUAUUAGCUGGGCAGAACAAGCAUGAAGGUUUCGUUAUCUUCAGGAAAAUAAUAUCACAGUAUUAUCUUCUGUGUUAAAAGAAUUCUUUAAAAUUUGAUUAUCCCUUUGAUUUCUUUAUUUAGAAUUCCUUUAUGAAUAAGCAUGUGGCUCACUUUAACAAUAUUUAGUGUAAGAUUCAAGGUGUUAAUUUCUGUAUAGGACUUUUAAGUGGUGGUAUUUCAUUUCUUAACAGUUAUGUUUAUACUUUACACAGAUCUAUAAAAAAGGAUAAAUUGUACGCUCACUUUAUUUUUAUUGUAACCCUUUAGAAAGAAGUAAUUCAAAAUAUUAAUGUGUAUUAAAGCAUCUCAUUCAUCUUAGUUAUGUUUCUAUCACAUUUUUGUUAAAAUUAAUGAAAGAAGAUAGCUUAAUAGUGAUCAUCGUAGUUACUGCAAAUACUUUUGUGCUAUUAAUAGAAUUUUUUUCAAAAAACAAUUAUUUAAUUGAAACAUGAAAUGGAAGCCAUUUUCUGUUACUCCUUUAAAGAACUGAAUCUUUUGCCUCUUAUAUUUUUGUUGUCUCUUUUCCUACUUUUCAUGUUAUAGCUCAUUAUCUGAAUUUAUAAAGAAAUAAUAUUUUAGGAAUAGGUUAAAUUAGAAUCUCAUACAGCUUUUGGCCAAAGUGGUAACUGACUUUAAAUUAUUGUAUUAUUAUAUUUAUUAUGCCAGUCUCAGGCCUAAUUAUUAUCCUAUGCUAUGGCAAGUUCAGAGUUCUUAUGUGAUUUAUAUAUCUCAAUUCUGUACAAAAUUAAGUUUAGUAAAGCACUGAUUUAAUGUCUUGAAAAGUUAAUAGUAUCAUAUUUUGUUUUUUCCAUCUUGCCUCAGAUUUAUUUUUACUGUAUUUUCAACUUUAAAUAUGAAAUUAUUUUCAGCUAUGUGAUUCAUGUAAUUGAAUGUUAUCAUUUAGUAAUAUUUAAUAAUAAUUUAAAAUAAAAUUGGAAGUGUUUCAUUGA